CAGCGUGUUGUUGGGCGGGGCUUCGACGCGGUUGCCUUGGUUCCCUAACCAGGCUGCGGCCUAGUCCGAGGUGAAGCCGUCGCCGGAGUUGGGCAUGUUCUCCUUUGGGUCCGCUACGGGCCGUGAUGGAGGGCGAUAAGAGAAGAACAAAAGAUGACACUUGGAAAUCAGAUGAACUAAAGAAGCAUCUUAAGAUAUCUCGAUCAGAUAGUCAGUCUGAAGACAGAAGACAUCGACAGAGGAAAGCAAGAGAUGGAGACAAGAAUGAUACUGACGACUACAAAGAGGGUUUGCAGAAAGACCAAGACAAAGAGAGAGUAAAAGAAAAAGUAAGAUUUAAAUCAAGUGAAAGGCAUCAGGAUGAAAGAAGAGAAAAGGGAAGAGAAAAAGAUUAUCCUGGUGAGCGAGUGAAUGAGAAAAUUCCAGUUACUCAUGAAAAAUAUACCAAAAAAGAAAAACAUAUCACAGGAAACAGUAGAGAGAGACACAGUGGUAAAGAGAGAGAAAGAAAGCAUAAGAAGGAUGAUCGCAGACAGAUUCUGAUGGAAAACGCUAUGGCAGCUUAUGGGAAAAGGAGUAAAGAACAUUAUAAAAGAAGAGAGAGCAAAGAUCAUGCAGAUCAUCCAAAAAUAAAAGGCGAGGAAAGGGAGAGAAGACACACAGAGAGAAAGAAUGAGGAGAGGAAAGACAGUUUGGGAGAGGUUUCAGCAAACAGGUAUGAAGAACGAGAACACAGGCACAAGGCACAGAAGGAGCAAGACCCAGAUAAGGACAGAAGACAAAGGCAUAAAGAGAAGAAAGAGCAUGAUUUUUCAGCAGUUGAAGGAAAAGAGAAGUACUUGAAAUUGAAGAAUCUCAUAUCUGUCAAAGAUGGUGAAGAAAGCCAUAUAUCAAGAAAACAUAAAGAACAAGCUCGCCAUGGAGGGAGACAUCAUAGUGGGAAUGGUGAAAGUCAACAAAAAGAAGAAAGUGAAGAAAAAGAGAGAGACCACAAGCACAGUGAACAUAGAAGCCACAGGAAAAGCUCAAGGCAUGAAGGUGAUACAGGCCAUCCACAUGAGAGGAAUACAAAAGAAAUAAUAAAGAAACGUGACAUGAGUGAAAGAGAGGAUGUAAAACGAAAUCACCACAGAGCUGAUGACUUGUCAGCCAUGGGUCCACAUCACAAAAGGCAAGCAUAUGAAGAGGAAGAAGAAGAAAAUGAACAAAAACAGGGCACCGCCUAUCCAGAUACAGAUUAUUCAGUAAACUAUGAAGAUGAUUUUGAGGAUUAUGAAGAUGAUUUUGAUGAUGUAGAUGAUGAGGAUGAUGAAGACAAUCAAGAACAGGAGAAGGAAGAAAGAGAAGCAGAAGAAAAACUUAAAAAAAUUAAUAUAGCGAAGAACUCAGAAAUAGCAGAAAUUCAAAAAGCAAUUAAUGCUGAAAAUGAAAAGAUUGAAACCUUUCUCCCCAAGCAAAGAAAGAAAGAAUUUCAUCCUAAACAACAUGAAAAGAAACCAAAACUUGAAAAGCAAAAGUCAUCUGCUCAUAUACCUAUGUCUGGAAAGUUCAUUGAUUUCCAAACGGCUAAACAGCGGCAAAACAUCAGAAAGAUAGCCACUCAACAGAAGAAACGUAGCACUGAACUCCUACGAUUUAUUGACCUGGACUUUUCAGUCAGCUUCUGCUUGCUGGAUUUACCUCCAGUAAAUGAAUAUGACAUGUAUAUCCGGAACUUUGGAAAAAUAAAUACCAAGCAGGCCUAUUGUCAGUGGAAUGAAGAUAAUCUGGACAGAGAUGUUCAGACUGAGGAAAUAGAGACUCAAGAAAAGUGGACCCAACAUCCUGGAGAAACUGCUAUUGUGUGUGGAGGUCCAAAAAGCAGUAGUGACAUUUCUGCUUUUACACCAAAAAUUGAUUCCCAGAGAUUGGCAAGUUUUCUGCGAUCAGCUUGUCAGGUGAUUGAAGUUCUCCUCGAGGAAGAUCAAGUAGCAACACAGCCUAGACGGAAUCUAAGAUCACGGCCAUCCAGUCUGUCUAUUAGUGAUAGAUGUUUCCAGUUAAAUACUGAUCUGCCUUUCCUAAAUGGUCGAAAAAUAUCGCACUUGCACAUUUCUCAGGCUCAGAGGCAAGCUCUGCUUUCUGUUCAUGGCUUACCUGAAAAGUCAAACGAUUUGCUACUGGACAGAAAAUACAUCAUAUGUGUGUGGAAUGUCUGGCAACCUUCCAGUCCUCAGAAACUGUUGUUCUGUGAAUCACAGGUGACAUGCUGCUGCUUUAGCCCCAGUAAAGCUAUUUUAGCGUUUGCUGGAACAGUUGAUGGUUCAGUGCUGGUAUGGGAUCUCAGAGAAGACUCCAGGAUGCAUCACUCCAUAAAAGUCAAUGAAACAAAUUGGACAUUUCGAUCUCCUACAUUUUCUACAGAUGGAGUGUUUGCCUCAAUAAACCACACAUGUCCUGUACUGAUGAUUGAACCUGUCUCAACAUCUGUCUUCAAGGAGCAGAACUCUGGGCUUUCCUAUCUCUCAUCUCCAGAAGAAAUAUUAGGGCUUUCAUUUCAGAUUGCUUCAAUGGAUGAAAAUGGCUCUCUCAGUCUGUGGGUAGUGGUUGAACUUCAAAAGGGGGAUUUGGCUGGCUCACAAAGUGAUUUAGGCUUAAUUCCUGGGGGGAAAAUAAAGUUGGUCCAUAGCUCUACUGUGCAACUGAAUUGCAGCUUUUGUCCAAAAGAUACCAUGUUCAUGGGGGUACCCCAAACACUGAACAUUAAAUUUCUGCCUUCAAAUCCUAAUCACUUUGUUGUUGGAACAGAUGUUGCCAUAGUGAGUCAUGGUACAAGGCAUGAAUUAAGAGUACCUCCCAAGUGGUUCAAACCUCAGCAGGGGGGAGCAAGAUCAACCAGAGUCAAUGCAAUCGACUUCUCCCCUUUCGGAAAGCCAAUAUUUUUGGUGGGAUGUUCAGAUGGGAGUAUAAGAUUGCAUCAAAUGACGUCUGAGCUUCCGCUUAUGCAAUGGAACAACAGCACAACAGGGCAGCCAAUAAUUGCCCUCCAGUGGGCUCUGACUAGACCAGCUGUAUUUUUUGUUUUGGAUGCAACAUCUGUUGUUUAUAUCUGGGACCUGCUGGAAAAUGACUUGUCACCUGUAGCAAAGCAGCCUAUCUGGUCAGAUAAGGUUAUAACUAUGGCUGUUCUGGGUGAGCCUGAAAAACCAAGUGGUCUCCUUGGGAUUGCGCUGGCCAAAGAAUCUGGAACAAUAGACAUCAAGUAUGUAAAGAAGAAAUGGGCACUACCUCAACCAGAGGAGUCUGAGAAACUAAAUUUACUAUUGCAGCAAGCCUUAUAAAAUCCAAAUACCUUUCUCUGAAUACACAAAUGUGACCAUGAUUUGAGAUGUAUUUGUUAAUAUCUUGGUUUUGGCCAGGCAUUAUUUCUUAAAAGAUAUUUCAUGUUUUUCAUUCAUUUUUUGUAAAUAAUAUGUAUGUAUGUAUGUAUUUAAGUACACAGUAUUUGAACUGGAAAUACAGAAUAUUUUUUUAGCCACAAAACCACACAGAUAUAUAUAUAUGAAAUUAUACCUUCAAAGGAAAUGUAUUUAUAUUUAGUUGAAAAAAUUAUUUACUUUUAAUAUUUUGUGCACUGUAAAUGUUUAUAGAUAUUUUGGAAUAAACUCCUGAGCAUAUGCUCCCAUAAAAUUUGAGUAUCUGUU